AGUUGCGCACGCAUUCUGUGUUGGGUUUUGCUACGAGGAAGUUGUUUUCGGUCACAGUUGCGGUGGUCUCUCGCCGGCGAUGAUAACUUCGGGAGCUCGUGACACUCAUUCACGUUGACAACAGAUAAAGGAACGCACAUCCUAUGUUUUGGAAGCGGUUGGAUUUUGGUUUUAGGAAUAUCGAGAUGUUCGCUGGAUUUUAUCAUCACAUCAGUAUCUGUUUUGUGCCUUACGACUCUUCUUUGUAAACAAAUCGACUCGGACUUGGAUUACGGAAUCAGAAUGACAUAGGAAUUUCUCUCUUGGAUAUGGGGCCCCAUCCCGAAGCGCCUGUAGACGUCCAGAAAUAUAUAGGAUCGUGCCUUAUCACCCAACAGACCAGAUCCAAGCGUAAGUCUUGCCCCAGAAAUCAACACCACCCGAAAGAUGGGGGUAUGUGUGGAGGGUACAUGCCACCAUGUAACAGAUGUUGCAAUACUACUGUUCAAAAUCCUGGAUAUAACAUUAGUAAUUAUGCAUGGACUGGUGUCCCCCUAAUUAGUGUUGCCCGACAAAACAAAAACCACCAUCACCAGGGACAUUCGGGUAAGAACAGACUUCCUCCUAGAAAUAACGUUAAACAGCAGGAUUAUUCUUGUCCUCUAAGUGUAGAAUCUUCAAGUAAUUUGGAAGACAUUUUGCCUAUAUCUCGUUUAGCCAUACAUGCCCAAGGAGCUCCCCUGAUUCUUUCUCCGAAAGAUAUCGAAAAGCAUAAUAAAGACUCGGAUGGGUACUAUAGUUCAACCGCUUUUAAAGGUAGAAAUUUUUACGUUGAAGAAAGUCAUAGUAAUAGUCGUUUGCUAAUGCUUAUGCCGGACGAUGCUCAUUGCUAUUCUUCUCGAGAAGAAAGGAUUGGUUGUUUCAUAGAGGACGACUUCUCUGUUGGAAGUGAUCCCGAUUUGUCUGUAAAUCCCUCCCGGACUGUAUCGUCAUCCCCUUCUCAAAGUGACUGCAUCAGUACCACUUCUGAGGAUUCUGGCACAUCCGAAAACGGUCUCCCCAGGAUUAUCAAACCAAGGAAACGACGUAAAAAGGAAAGGCGUACUAGCGAAAGUGACGGGGCUAGUUCCUGCGGUAGCAGUACCAUGGAGGAGAUGUCCGGUACAAUAGUGACCCUCAAGCCCUAUCAGCCUCUGUGUUACCGAUAUGACAGCAAUGGAUUCAAGAUUUAUCCAUCUCCUCCGUUGUCACCUAAACCGGAAUCUGGUAUUGUCCGGUUAAGUAAUACGGUGGAAAGAAUGGUACGGAAAGGGAGGUACCCUUACCCCCCAUCACCCCGUUGUCAGUGUCCGUACUGCGUACCGCCUCCAUCCACUUUCCUGACUCCGCCGGAUUCUCCGGUGGAUGUCUCGGAGAAUGGAUUAUCCAUGGCCAUGAUCAGACGAGGAAGAGGAUGCAGAUCACCGGAUAUUACUUGGAUGCCCCGUAGAGAAAUGGAUAUGAAGAUGUUGACUAUGGGCGCUUAUGAAGAAGAUUCAAAUUUAGAAGAAUCGAUCAUAAAGAGUCACAAUACUCUUGUCCUUCCGUCAUCACAUCCACCUCAAAGGCCAUGGAUUAUAAUGAAUGAACAGGAACUUACAUCUUCUUGUUCGUUCACAGUCAUGUGCUACAAUAUUCUCUGUGAUAAAUAUGCUACACGUCAAAUGUAUGGUUAUUGCCCAAAUUGGGCGCUAGAUUGGUCUUAUAGGAAAAAAAAUAUUUUACAAGAACUUCUUCAUUAUAAAGCUGAUAUUAUUUCUCUACAAGAAGUUGAAACAGAACAGUUUUACAGAUAUUUCAAACCAGAAUUAAAGAAAGAAGGUUAUGAUGGAAUUUUCUCACCAAAAUCUCGUGCAAAAACUAUGUCCGAAAAUGAACGGAAACAUGUGGAUGGUUGUGCGAUAUUUUUCAAAACUGAUAAAUUUACCUUGGUGAAAGAUCACCUUAUGGAAUUCAAUCAGUUGGCUAUGGCAAAUGCUGAAGGUUCUGAUGAUAUGUUGAAUAGAGUGAUGACAAAAGACAAUAUUGGUUUAGCUGCACUUUUGCAGACAAAACCAGGGGCUUACAGAGAUGAUACUGAUAUGUCUCAGUUGCUUCUGGUCUGCACUGCUCAUAUCCAUUGGGAUCCUGAGUACUCUGAUGUAAAAUUGAUCCAGACUAUGAUGCUAAUGCAUGAAAUGAAAACCUUUGUGGAUGACAUCCUUCAAAAGAGUAAUGUUCCAGUUCCUCAAAAAGGCGACCCUAAUGUUAUCCCUUUACUUCUUUGUGGUGAUUUUAAUUCACUUCCCGACUCAGGUGUGAUUGAAUAUCUAUCUUCUGGACGCGUAUCAGUGAGCCACUGCGACUUCAAAGAAUUUGUUUAUAAAGACUGCUUAAGUAAAUUUGGUAAUGCAGCAAAAACUAAUGAAUUUACCCAUCCAUUUCAAAUAUCAAGAGCUUAUAAUGAUGGUGUCAUGCCGUUUACAAAUUACUCAUAUGAUUUCAAAGGUGUCAUUGAUUAUAUCUUUUACUCUAAGCUUCAUAUGUCUGUUCUCGGCGUGCUUGGGCCCAUCGACUCCAAUUGGUUAGAAGAAAAUCGAAUCCAUGGCUGCCCUCACCCCCAUGUUCCCUCUGAUCAUUUUCCUAUUGUAGUAGAACUGCAACUCAACCCCACUCUGCCCAUUCAACUCUCCCCACCCAACGGACUCGUUCUGCAUAGGUAGCAGGCAAUUUCAUAAAUAUCAUUCACACACUACCUUCUACUCCAUUUUGUUGCACAAAUGUCCUCAACACUCCAAACUCCUCUAUCUCCAAGAUCUCAUUUCUCGAUGCUGCCAAUAAACCAAUACAAAAAAAAAAUUGCAGUCUGAACAAAAUAUAAAGACUUAUUUAGUUUGAUGUCGUUUUCUGUUAUAAUAAUUAUUGAAUUUGCCUGGUACAAAAAAGAUGUUGAUGUGAUAUUCAUGUUCCCAAUCAAAUAAGACAUAAAAGUUUUGUUUUUCUCAUAUAUGGCAUGUACAUUUAGCUGGUUUUAAAAGUAACCAACCUUGGGAUACCUCAGAGUUGGAUGGAGAUAAUUUUUUAAAUAUAUAAUAAAUCUUUUUGUAAGCGGCUUUGUGUAUGUAUAGGAAAUUAUAAAUUUAUAGCACUGCAGAUUUUAAAUAUUUCACUAUAUCUUAAUCAUUUAUUUCGUAGGUAGACUUUUGUAUUUAGAUAUGAUAAAACAAAUCCUAUUAUCAGGUUUGAAACCGUAAUUUGAUUUUUAAAAAAUAUAACAGAUCAGUAUUAUUAUUCACCUACCCAUGAAAUAACUUACUUUUAUCGGAAAUUUUUGAAAAAUGUAUGUUUUAUAAAAACUUUAUCUAGUAAAUAUUGAUUGCUUGUUUUAAAAAAUAUUGAAUUUUGCUUUGUAUGUUUUAUUGAUAUUGAUUUUGUAAACCUUUUUUUGUAAGAUUUGUUUUAAUUAAUGUACAUGUCUUCAUCGUAAUCCAUUUUGAUUGUAAACUUGCAUUCAUUGUUUAGCUGUGAUAUGCUGAGUAUAAUUAAUUGUGAGUUCAGCUUGUAUAAAACUGGUUUCAAUCAUACAUGUGAAGGAUAUGCAUCUCGUUUUUCUGUUGCUGAAUAUGAUAACACCAUUUUU